UGAAACAAUUUAUUCAAUGAAAAAAUAUACAGUAAACUUAUUAUGUUUUAAAAAUUAAUAGACACAUAUAUAUUAUAAUAUAUACCAAUUUAGAAUUGAAAACAAAAUAUUUAUAUAAAACUAAAUGAAAACAAAAACCUACGCGGUUGCACUGGUCGAGAUCUAGUAUUGAUUAAAACAGAAAAUGUAAAAGGGAGGGAAGUUAAAAAUUAGAGGUUAUUUCCUUGUAGAGGUCAGCGUCGUUAAGAGCGGGAAUAGAUAAAUAUACAGAGAACAAAGAACUCUUCACAGAAUCACAGGCUACAGAACGUUUGGGGCCUUUGGGCAAUUGGUUGACCCACAACACACGGCAGAAAAAUACGUUUGUGGCUGCAAAGCGUUUUAGCGGUUUAUACCCACACCACACGGCUUGGACAAAACUGUGUUUGUCGCUUGGGGUACUUUUUAAAUCACUGUUGAAUUUUCAUCUUUAAACUUUUUGGACCAUUCAUCAAUUAAUUCUCCACAGAAGACGUGUUCCAAGUCUUUACAAGAGACUUCUUAAGUCGAGCUUUUAUUUUCUCUAGUUUCACAGCAAAAAAAAGAAAAGAACAAAACGAUGCAUUCUUGUAGUGAGAGGAAGAUGAUACUAUGGCUCAUGUGUUUAAUAUUUUUUCUUUCUUAUCCAAUACUUAUCGCAUCUUCUCCUGCUAAGCACAUGUGUCAUGCAGACCAAAGUGAUGCUCUCUGGGAGUUCAAGAGCGAGUUCCAUCUCAAUGGGAUUACUGCUAGUGAGAAGACACGUGUCUUCUACGGGAGCUUCAGCCAACUUGUCUCUAUUGCAAAUAAAUGAGAUGGUUGAAAAGGCGGUUCCUAAAAGGAAAAGAGGCCGUUUAGUUGGGUUGGCUCGCCGUGCUUCUUCGUAUCCGGCAUUUUCUUCGCAAGCUCCGUAUGCCAAUCCCAUGAUUCUCGAGGAGCUACAUGACAAAGAUGAACGGAUUGGGGCAUUGGAGGAGCAGAACACCACUAUCCUUUCUGAGAAUGCCACUAUCCGUUCGGAGAAUGCCACUAUCCGUUCGGAGAAUGCCACUAUCCUUGCUGAGUUGGCAUCCCAGAAGAAGUUCAACACCGAGAUAAUGCAGAAGCUAGAUCGUUUGAUGUCUUCGAGUUCUUCUUAGUUUUUUUCGGCUUUUAAAACUUUCUGAAUGUUUUUUAUUUCGGUUUGUAUGAAUUUUAAACUUUCUGAAUGUUUUUUUUCUAUUUCGGUUUGUAUGAAUUUAAAUUCUAUAAUAUUAUUAGUUUUAAAUUUCAGAUUUUUUUUAUUUAUUAAUUAAUUUUUAAUAUAAAAAAAUAUAUAAAAAUGCAAAAUUAAUUCGUUUUUAAAAUUGGUAUAUUCCGAUGAAUUUUGGGCGUCAGAAUAUACCGAUGGACAACGGUUCCUCGGACAAUACCGAGG